GAACCCCCAUCUUCUUUAUUAGCUACCUUACGCUCCGCGCUCUGCUGCCUACUCCCUGAAAGAGAUUAAGAUACUAAACGCGCAAGUGCAACUCACCAAUCUGCCCUUUUCUCCGUCGCUAGCUAACUAGCUUCCUCCCCCUUUUCUUCUUUGCCCCACCCAUGCAGUCGCGUGCCCUCGCUGGCUUUUGGGGGAGGGGUGGGGUGAGAGCGUAGAGUUCUAUCUCUGCAAGAGUUGCUCCCCUCGCGGCUGCAGGGGGGUAAAGUAGCAGCGCUGGGGUCUUGAGGAAUUACUCUGGGCACUCAGACGGUUAUUGUUCAGAGCCUGUCUGCUGGAGAAAUCUUCUCCUAGUACUAGCUCCACUCCCUGCAGGCGGAGGCGCGGGGAGGAGGAAGUCGUCGCCACCUCCCCGGAGUGCUGCGUUCGGUGGAGGAGGUGGAGGUAGGAGGAAGUGAGGCUCAACAUGAUGGCGGCCGAGGCCGGGGUUGAGGAGGGCGGCUCGGUUACCGCUGCCGGGAUAGUAGGAACUGUUGGCGGAGCUGAGUCGGAGCACUACCCCACGUUAUGCCGAGGCAAGGAGCUGGGGUCGCAGGGCCCUUUCCUGGCUGGCUCUGGCGGGGACAGCCCGGGCGCUGGCGGUCCGGCGUUGUGCUCGCCGCUGGGGCUCCUGGCGUUAAGCUCCGGGCCUGCCUCUCUGGCCUCCCGAGACGCACUGCCAGAAACUGGACAAAGGCCGGAGGUGUCCGGAGAGGUGCUGCUCCCACCCAAACACAACACUGUCGCCUUUCCCCCGCUGCCGCCGCCGCAACAGCCACCUUCCUUAGCGGGGGGGCUGGGGAUUGUGGAUGAAGGCGACUCGUUGGAUGGGCCCGAGUAUGAAGAGGAGGAGGUGGUCAUCCCGCUCAACGCUCCCCCCACAAAUCAGUGGUAUCAUGGAAAACUCGACAGAACAAUUGCAGAAGAACGUCUUUGGCAAGCGGAAAAACCUGGAAGUUACCUUAUUCGAGAGAGUGAUCGGAGACCGGGUUCAUUUGUGCUUUCAUUCCUUAGUAAAACAAGUGUCAAUCAUUUUAGGAUUAUUGCCAUGUGUGGAGAUUAUUACAUUGGUGGACGUCGCUUUGCUUCACUCUCAGACCUAAUUGGGUAUUACAGUCAUGUGUCUUGUUUGCUGAAGGGGGAAAAACUAUUCUUUCCAGUAGCACCUCCAGAGCCUGUGGAAGAUAGAAGGAGAGUUCGAGCAAUUCUACCUUACACCAAAGUGCCAGAAACUGAUGAAAUAAGUUUCCUUAAAGGAGAUAUGUUUAUUGUGCAUAAUGAAUUGGAAGAUGGUUGGAUGUGGGUUACAAACCUACGGACAGAUGAACAAGGUCUUAUAGUAGAAGACCUGGUAGAAGAAGUGGGAAGAGAAGAAGAUCCACAUGAAGGCAAAAUAUGGUUCCAUGGGAAGAUCUCCAAACAAGAAGCUUACAAUUUGCUGAUGACAGUUGGUCAGGUGUGCAGUUUUCUUGUGCGGCCUUCAGAUAAUACACCUGGUGAUUAUUCACUUUAUUUUCGGACCAGUGAAAAUAUUCAACGUUUUAAAAUAUGUCCAACAUCAAGCAAUCAGUUUAUGAUGGGAGGCAGAUAUUAUAAUAGUAUUGCAGAGAUCAUUGAACAUUAUAGGAAAGAACAGAUUGUUGAAGGAUAUUACCUUGAAGAUCCUGUUCCAAUGCAGCAUCAAGAACAAGUGUUUAAUGAUACAGUCAAUGGAAAAGAAAUCUACAAUACAAUUCGUCGCAAAACAAAGGAUGCUUUUUAUAAAAAUAUUGUCAAAAAAGGAUAUCUUCUUAAAAAAAAUAUUGUGAUGCAAUUUGUUAUGCUGAUCAGUUGGCCAAACUGUUUUCAGAUAGUAGUUCAGCACUUCAGUGAAGAGCAUUACAUCUUUUACUUUGCAGGAGAAACUCAAGAACAAGUGCAGGACUGGAUGAAGGCUUUACAGAUGUUUUGCAGUUUAAGGAAAAACAGUCCAGGGACAUCAAAUAAACGUCUACGUCAGGUCAGCAGUCUUAUCUUGCAUGUAGAAGAAGCUCAUACACUCCCAGUAAAACAUUUUACUAAUCCAUAUUGUAACAUCUACCUGAACAGUGUCCAGGUAGCAAAAACACAUAUCAGGGAAGGUCAGAACCCUGUAUGGUCAGAAGAAUUUGUCUUUGAUGAUCUUUCAUCUGAUAUUAAUAGAUUUGAGAUAAGUCUUAGUAACAAAACAAAGAAAAGUAAAGAUCCAGAUAUAUUGUUUAUGCGUUGCCAAUUAAGCCGAUUACAGAAAGGACAUGCAACAGACGAGUGGUUUCAACUCAGUUCCCAUAUACCACUGAGAGGUAUUGAGCCAGGAUCUUUGCGUGUUCGAGCACGAUAUUCUAUGGAGAAGAUCAUGCCAGAAGAGGAGUACAGUGAGUUUAAAGAGCUCAUACUCCAGAAAGAGAUGCAUGUAGUCUAUGCCUUAUCACAUGUUUGUGGCCAGGAUAGAACACUGUUGGCUGGCAUUUUAUUGAAGAUAUUCCUUCAUGAAAAGCUUGAGUCACUAUUGUUACGAACACUAAAUGACAGGGAAAUAAGCAUGGAAGAUGAAGCUACUACUUUGUUCCGUGCCACCACUUUAGCAAGUACACUUAUGGAGCAAUAUAUGAAAGCCACAGCAACACGUUUUGUUCAUCAUGCACUGAAAGACAGUAUAUUAAAGAUAAUGGAGAGCAAGCAGUCCUGUGAGUUAAAUCCUUCGAAGUUAGAAAAAAAUGAAGAUGUAAACACUAAUUUGGCACAUCUACUCAGUAUACUUUCCGAAUUGGUGGAGAAAAUAUUCAUGGCUGCAGAGAUACUGCCUCCGACGUUGAGAUAUAUUUAUGGAUGCUUGCAGAAGUCUGUUCAGAACAAGUGGCCAGCUAAUACGACAAUGAGAACAAGAGUUGUUAGUGGCUUUGUUUUUCUUCGACUGAUUUGUCCUGCUAUCCUGAACCCAAGGAUGUUUAAUAUCAUCUCAGAUUCUCCUUCGCCUACUGCUGCAAGAACGCUGACACUGGUUGCCAAGUCUGUGCAGAAUUUAGCAAAUCUGGUUGAAUUUGGAGCUAAGGAGCCAUAUAUGGAGGGGGUAAAUCCAUUCAUCAAGAGUAACAAACAUCGCAUGAUCAUGUUUUUAGAUGAACUUGGGAAUGUUCCUGAGCUUCCAGACACUACAGAUUACUCUAGAACUGACUUAUCUCGUUAUCUGGCAGCCUUGCAUGAGAUGUGUGUGGCUCAUUCAGAUGAACUUCGGACACUUAGCAAUGAGCGAGGUGUAAUGCAGCAUGUUCUUAAGAAGCUGUUGGCUAUAACAGAACUGCUUCAACAAAAACAACAUCAAUAUUCACUGUCUAAUAACAUCAGGUAGCAGCCUUCUAACUGAAUUCUGCAUGGAUCCAGCAUGUCUAACAUGGCAACUUACACAGGUAUCACUUUUUUUGCUCUUGCCAAAAAUCGCACACCCUGUCACAUUCCCAGUGAUGUGUGAACUAUGCAAAAAAGAAAACAAAGACUCUUAGCAGAUGUUUGAACCAGCAGCUCUUUAAGCUAUAUGUGCAGGAUAUUUGCACUUUUUUCCACUUGGAACCAGUUUUUACAGCCUCUGAGCCUUGGUGUACAGUUUACCUUUUGCAAAGAAAAUGCUGUGACUGUCGUGAGUUUUGAAAAUUAUUUUGAACACCUAUGUCCUGGGGUGACUUUAUGAUGCUUGUAUCCCCAUUGGUCUGUUUAGCCCAGAAAUACGUUUUGCACCUUUAAGAUUGGUUCUGAGAGGGAAGGGAGGAGGGAGAGAAGACACGCGCAGUUUUCAGAAACUGCACUCACUCCUCCACAUUCCUGCUCCUGGACUGUGUUGUCUGCAGAUGGACAGACAGGGGGACAGAGCUCUCCUUUGCUUUUUAGUUAGUUUUAGCUAGCUGAGGCAGAGAAGUUCCGUAGACUGUAGUUUUUCUUUUUCUUGGAACUGUUUAAACCUGCUCUGGACUGAACACCCAGAAGAGCACUGGCAACUCACACCUGUGGCCCCCCAGGGCCUGGCCUGGGCUGCAGCAUUUCCAGCACCGGAGGGACUGAUAACAGACUGAGUGAGCUGAGCUACAGCCCACAAAGGGGACUUUCUGAGUUUGUCAUCUCUUCGGAGCAGCAAGAGGUUUUAUUUUUUAGUAUUGUUCUUUUUUUUUUGUGCUGGUGAAUGCUUCGCUUGUCAAAUGAAGAGUUUUUUCCACUUUUCUCCAAGGAAAUCUUUUCCUGAACCAUCUGGGGGAGGAGCCACUUGAAUUUGCUUUCUAGAGGAACCCCUUUGCAGGUUUUCUUCCAAAUUUGCCCUAAACCAGGACAGCCUGCAAAUGCCAAAGUUUUUCUGUCUUGUUGGAAAAGAAUUACCAAUUGACAAGGAAAGAUAUGCAUUGUUUUGACAGCUACAUGUAACUGCAUAACAUUUCUUACUGUAAUUUCUGAGUGGUUUCAAUUAUUACGAUUUUGACUUUUUCAGCCACAUAAACAUGUAUUUACAAUUUCCAGAUUUUGACGGUUAUGGUAAGAACAAUCUUUCCUGUAUACUUUUUAUACCAUGCUGUUUCUCUUGCUGGAAUCAUGUCAAAAGAAUAUGCAGAAUGGAUCUUGUCAGCUUUAUUCUUAAUGUGCCACAGAUUCAGUCUCAAUAAUUCUUCCAUCAAGGAUUGUGUAUCCAUCCAAAUAAAUCGCAAUGCUUUUGUAAAAUGUUUACAAAAGUGAACAAUUAGAA